UCUUUAUUAUUACAAAGACAAGAAGGUUUCCGAGUUUUGUAAUUUCUUCUGUUACAAGUUUUUUUCACGGUGAAAGUGUUCUUCAAUGGCUAAAGACGGACCUAAUUGGGACGGAUUACUUAAGUGGAGUCUCUCUCACGCAGACGGGACUCGACCCACUCGCCAGUUGAGUGAGGAGGAUCGAAAAUGGUUUAUGGAGGCUAUGCAAUCGCAGACUGUAGACGUAGUCAAGCGCAUGAAGGAGAUUACACUAGUUAUGCAAACACCUGAACAAGUUUUGGUGGAUCAUGGAGUUACACCUGAAGAUAUUCAAGAUUUGCUGGAUGAGCUGCAGGAGCAUGUUGAAUCGAUCGAUAUGGCUAAUGAUCUUCAUUCAAUUGGAGGCUUGGUUCCUCUUCUUGGGUUCCUUAAAAACUCUCAUGCUAAUAUUCGGGCAAAAGCUGCUGAUGUCGUUAGCACAAUAGUUCAGAACAAUCCUAGAAGUCAGGAACUACUUAUGGAAACCAAUGGUUUGGAGUCAUUGCUCUCGAAUUUCACUUCGGACACAGAUAUUCACGCUCGGACCCAGGCUCUUGGCGCAAUAUCAUCUUUGAUUCGCCAUAACAAACCAGGAGUAACGGCUUUCAAGCUUGCCAAUGGUUAUGCUGGCCUAAGAGAUGCUUUGGCAUCUGAUAGUGUCAGAUUUCAAAGGAAAGCCUUAAACUUGUUGCAAUAUCUACUGCAAGAGGAUGAUUCAGACCGCAGUAUUGCGACUGGACUCGGAUUCCCCCGAGUGAUGAUGCAUCUCGCCUCUAGUGAUGAUGCUGAGAUCAGAGAAGCCGCUCUUCGUGGAUUGCUUGAGCUUGCAAGAGAGAAAAACGAUGGAAGUAGCAGCAUAGAUAAAAGCGAUGAGAAACUGAGGCAGCUACUAGAAGAACGGAUCAAAGGAAUCAGCUUGAUGUCACAAGAGGAUCUUGAAACGGUUAAAGAAGAGAGACAGCUCGUCGAUUUACUGUGGAGCAUUUGCUACAAUGAACCUUCUUCUCUGAGAGAAAAAGGGCUUCUUGUUCUUCCGGGUGAAGACGAAUUGCCUCCUGAUGUCGCAAGCAAGCUCUUUGAGCCUCCUCUUAGAGCUUCUGCAGCAAACCGUAAUGCUACUGAGAAGAAAGAUGAACCUAUGAAACUACUUGGACCAUAAACGAGAAAUCGAAGCUAAAAGUUUUUGUACUUUUCCUUGUUUUUUAUGUAACUUUUUAAAUUUCCAAUCAUAUAUCAAUGAUCAGUAUUAUGUUGUGGCAAUCUUAAUUUUUGU